ACAGCUUGACAGGUCACCGUAACCAACAGCUUCGCUCGCUCUCGAUUGCUGUGUGGCUGCGAUGCAUCUCUACCUCUGGGCUUCCCUCGCGGGUUCCUGUCUUCUUCACCCGGGGCUGUCCCUCCUUGGCGGUGGAGAUGGUGGGUGCAGCGGAGAGAACGGGGUGGGCAUCGACAGCCGCAGGCGAUCAGCAACAGCAACAGCAACAGCAAGCACCGCCGUCAUGGCCUUCGCUCCCGCACCACAACCACCACGACUCCUGGCACGAAGCCAAAGAAGCGGCAGGCUUUACUCUCCCGGUACGACGGAGAUGACGUUGACGGGACUGGUAGCGACGAGACAGCAGCAGUGUAGCCGCAGCAGCAGCAACAACAACAUGCAACAGCAGCGACGGCGACGGCAGCCCGCUUCUGCGGCAGCGGCGGCGGCGGCGAGCACUCCCCGCUCGCGCGUGCUACCGCUGCCGCCAUCCCCAUCUUGGCGGCUCUACGCCGCCCGCCGCGCGAACCCCGACGAUGACGACGACUACUAUGAUGACCGCGGCCGCACCGAUCCGCCCACCGUGGCGCCCGGUCGACCGCCGGUCCGCGGCAAUGCGCCGGCGAGUAGAGCGCGAGGGCGCCCUGGGUCAGGGGCGGGCCGUGGCGUUGGCGGCAGGAACAACGGGGGCGAGUCGUCUCCUACGGCAUCAGCCGGGUACAACAAGACGCCCGUGGGAAUGUACGUCGGCAGUGACACCGUGCCGUGGUACAUCAAGGAGGUUCAGGACAAGGGGCUGGACACUCAGGGAGAGUUUUCUAGGUGGUGGCAGAGCAAUCUAGACCCCGAGGCCAACGCGGCUUCCGUCAAGGGUAUGAAGGUGGCUGAGCUGAAGGCCCAGCUUGCGCGGAUGGAUCUUCCGACUACGGGGCUCAAGGCAGACCUAGCGGAAAGACUUUCGGCGGCGUACCUAAGGUGUUCUCUGUCGGACGAUAACUUCCAGCACGCCCAAGUCACGGACGUCUCGGCUAACGACGAAGAUCUCCCCAACUGCUUCCCCGAGGUUUACGAGAAGGCAACAGAGGCCGAGCUCGAGAAGCUUUGGAGACAGUCUCGCCAGAAGAAGAGGAAAAAAUAGUUAGUCUUAGAAGUGUUAGAUAGAGGAGUUACGGACAGCGGGGAAAGGGGCAAGGAAGUUUGCCUCCAUGUGCUCCGAUACGAGAAGAAACAAACUCACUGUCGAGAUGAGGUGGACGGGAAGAUUGAGAUGCUGGGCGUGAGAUGGGAGGCAAAACGAACAACCGAUUGUCGAG